UUGGCCUUCUAGCAGCCACUCACAGGCUCCAAACACCGCUAUGACACCCCUUAGCUCUAAGGCUACUGACCCCGGAUGAGGCGACUCGCUCCACAUUGCCAUUCAAUAAAAGAACAACAGACAGAACCUUCGACAAUGGCUUGUGCCAGCCCCUAGACCUGUUGACUGUCAACGAAACAACCAUGCAUUGAAUGGUAUUAAUUGGUGCCAGGCGCAUUUUCAAGUCGAUACUGUUGUUACCACCCUUCCAGCGUGGUAGCUUCAACACGGGAGUCCAUCGCCUUCGCCAUCAUGUCGUCCGCCGACAUCGUCGUGCCAGUUUAUUUUGAGCUGAGCUGGUCCAUCCUCAGCACCAUCGGGGCCGCAAACGUCCUCUUCGGCAUCCUCGUCGUCGGCAUCACCAACUUCUCCCCCGUGGCUGCCGUCCCGAUCGUCACCUCCGCCGCCGGCGCCGUCGCCAACGGGCUCUGUUACUAUGCCUUUUACGAUGAGACAAACGGCAAGACGAACCAGGCCGUCGCAUCGGCGUUUGCGGAUCUGCUAUGGAUGGUGCAAGAAGCAGGCCUCUCGUUCUACAGCUACGUGAUCCUCAGCCGGGUCCUGCGCGGCCGGCAGUGGUACGUCUUCGCGGUUCUCUUCUGGACGACCAUCCUCGCCAUCGCCGUCGUGCGCAUCAUGAUUGCCGUCAUGCGCGUCAGGCUCAUCCUGGACGACAAUGACGGGCUCCAGACCACCAUCAACCACCUGCAUAUUGGUUACUUCGUCCUAAUCGCCGUCGUCGAGUGCGUGUCCUCCUACUUCCUGCUCACCAUCUUCGCCUCGGCCAAGACGACGUCCCUUAGGGCGGCCAUCAAGACGGGGCUCUUUCAGUACCUGAUGCGGAGUACCGAGAUCCGCCUCGCCCUCCUCGCCAUCCUCGGCACCAUGCGCGCCAUCACGUACUCGUUCCAGGCCACGGCCCAGAGCGCGACCAACGUGGCCAGCCAGCUGGACCGAUUCGCGUACACCAUGGAGUGUCUCUUCCCCGUCAUCAUGUUCAUCGACAUCCUCGCCUCCAAGCUAGUGUUCACCAACCAGGUCUACGACUCGUCGUCCCGCAGCCGCGGCAAGUCGUACCCGCGGCAGUUCGUCACGAGCAGAAAAGGCGAGGGGACGUACACGGCGUCCCGGGGCGAGCACGUCAUCGAGGUGCAGGGGGGCGGAGGUGGACAUGGAGGAGGCGGUGCAGGAGGAGGAGGGAGGAGCGGGCACAGGACGAGCUCGCAGGAGCGCAUCAUCGAAGCCGGCUCGUCGUCGCGGACGACGCCGUCGGACAUCGACCUCGAGGUCAUGGACCCAAAACGCGUCGGCAUCAGCAAGACGGUCGAGUUCGAGGUCUACGAGUCCGAGAAUAGGAUGCGGUGAGGAGUCCCGGGGGGUAUGGCGGUGGGAUGAGUGGGCGAUGACCACCCCGGCUGCGUUGAAUUUUCUGUCCUUGGAGCCAUAUCUCCCGUCCGCAUACACCUUAGGACUCGCGUCCAUGUAGAAUCAUGCCACGACCAUCAAUGAUGAAAUGACCCACUGAUGAACACACCGGACUCGCAGACUCCUGACUCGAGCUAGCUCAGUAACAAGUGAAUUGCUGUCAGCACGGAGGGCAGACAGUGUCAAAGCCUCUCUUGGGUUUCGGCAGCGACAUCACCGUGGACAAAGUCUGACAGCGGCGUGGAGUUUCG